UGCACGUGUGAUUGUGCGACAAUUUUCUGUGUAAAAAAAAAUUAAUCUUGUUAAUCAAAUGCGUCGGCACGUUUUUAGUUUAAUGAAAAGUGUAUUUUUUAUUACUUGGGUGUUUUUAAUUCUGGUUGGAGCUAAUGAUAAUAAUUGUGGCCUGGUAGAAAGCUCCAAUCCGAUUCACCAAAACCCUUGGCAUGUGGUUCUUGAGUACCACUAUGAACGGCGGAUUGCUAAUCGAAUAUGCGGCGGGAGUUUAAUAGGAAAGAGACAUAUCAUAACGUCAGCCCAUUGCGUUGAAGACGUGGGAUUUUCUAUAAUAUUGGUAGCAUUAUUGGGAGAGUACAAUAUGGCUUCGGACCGUGAUUGCGAGCGAGGCGUCUGCGCAGAUCCUGUUGUGCGCAUGGUUAUUGCAUCAAUCGUAAUACAUCCUGAAUAUCACAAUCGCAUGAAAAACGAUCUGGCGAUUAUUAUUUUAGAAGCUGACGCCCCUUAUACUGAUUUUAUCCGACCGAUUUGCUUGCCGACUGGCAAUUUGUCUCGUCACACAACAUUCUACGCUUCUGGUUUUGGUUAUACACCACGCUACAAAACAUAUUCCGACAUAAAAAAGGACAUAACCCUACCGUACUACCCGAAUUGUGGGAGAAAUUAUAACGGCGUAACACCGGAUUUGAUAUGUGCAGGCGGGAUCGAAGGUUUUGAUACUUGCUGGGGAGACUCAGGCGGUCCUUUAGUUAGAUAUGGAAAACGUGCUGAAUUGUGGGGGGUGACGAAAGGAGGCAAUAAUGAUCCUUGCGGUUUGCAGGGGCAGCCAGGUGUGUAUACUAGCGUCGAUUACCAUUUAUCAUGGAUAAAGAAGGUUAUUGGAGAAACCAAAGGGUUGAACACAACAAGGAAGGAUUUGAUUAAAGAUGAAGAUAUGUUAAACAAUUCAGCAACGAACAAUGGCAGUACUUCACUUUUUGUUUGUUUUGUAUUUAUUAUAAAUCAGUGGAUGAAUAUUUUUUUAAAAUGUAGGUACCGUAAUAAUAAUGGGUAUGUAUUAGUGAUGUAACGGAUAUUCGCAUUCGCAUUCGCGAAUAUCCGCAUAUUUUUCAAUAUUCGCAUUCGCAUUCGCAUUCGCGAAAAUUAUGCGAAUAUUUAGCGAAUGUUUUUAAUAAUCGAACUAAAAAAUAGAAAAUAAAAAUUAAUGACAAAGGAAUUAUAAAACAGUACUAGCAAGUCGAACAAUCAGUUAUAGUCAAUUACCUCCGAUGAAAAUUAUAACAACAUUAGAUUUAUAAACAAAACAAUUUAAAUCAGAGUAAAAAGCGUGGGGUGCAUUUUACUUCAAUUUCAUAACUCUCAUGUCAUUAAUAUAUGCUAAUAGAAUGAUUUUAAUAUUUACUACAUCAAGCACCCCACGCUUUUUACUCCAAUUUAAAUUGUUUUGUUUAUAAAUUUAAUUAAAGCCUAUUUCAAGCGCCAGUCUUCACAAAAUUUACAGUAAUUAACUAUUUUAUUAUAAGUAGUAGUAUAAGUAACUUGCAUGUACCAAAUGUAAAAAUUUUGUGAAGAAAAUAAAUAAAUUUAUUAUUUAUUAUUAUUAUUAACUGAUUGUUCGACUUGCUACUACUGUUUUAUAAUUCCUUUGUCAUUAAUAUUUAUUUUCUAUUUUUUAGUUCGAUUAGCAAUAAAAGCGUAGUUUUUUAGUUUUUUUAUACGAUUAUUUUUUGGAAGUUAACACUUCUAGUAUAACUAUCUUACUAGAAAAGACUUUCGCAACCAUGCGCCCUGUAACGGUCCAAGAUAUUUGCACACGUUAUUUCAUUCUCAAAUAUUUUAUCACAAAUUUAUUUUAAUAUUUAAAAUUAAUUUUAUAAUAUUCAAAUAAUAUAUUUAAUUCAAAAAGAUGAACGUGGCCGUUCAGUUCUUCCGGGACUGUUGGCUCUGUCAGGCCGCAAGGGAUGUGGACGUGACCAUAUGUAUGUAUAUUUAAUUCCGCCGUGCAAGGACAAAGGGCUUGCUUGACAAAAACGUGUGAGACGCUAAUUGGUUAAUAAGUUGGUGGCGUCUUAGUUAGGGUCACGCCCAUAUUUUAACAAAAGCAAAUUGGUCGGGAUCAUUCGAUUCGGGGCUAAGGUUCAGUCGGGACAGUCUCGGUCCGGGAGCUAGGGAAUCAGGCUGGAUCAUUCGGUCAAAGGGUCGAUCUCAAUCGGGAAGAGUCGAUGGAGCCUAUGUGUAUCGGUUAGGGGUCGGGAUGCUGAAUCCGUGGGGUUCAGUCGCGAACGGUUAGGACGGUCGGAAUCUGGCCAGAUAACGGGGUAGACAAGUCUAAAACGCGAUAGGCUUGCGCACGCGCAUGCAUAGUAAUUACGCGCGGGAUUCGGUUUCGAUAUUAAUUUUAAUUAAUAUAAUUUUAUUCGAGAAGUGAUGAGUGAAGUGGAAUUCGAAUAAGGAAAUUGAUAUAAAUAUGUGUUGAAUUCAUUGCUUGGGUUGAAAGUUGAUCCAAAGUCAAUAAUAUAUUAUCUACUAUGAAAUUUGAAUAUUUCUGGCUUGCUUGGUCUUGAGUGAAAUGUACCUUUGAACAAUAAAUAUUAAUUAAUUAUUAUUCAAAAGGAUGAUUUCCAGAUUUUGAGAGCUAUGAUCUGAUCUGAUCAGUGAAACUGGUCGUCCGUAAUUCUUCGAGGCAAAGCAGUGGAGUUGGACAUAGAUUUAGGCUAUACGCAAUCAAGUCUAGAAAGUCUUUUAUCUGUAUUAUUCUCAUGUAUUAUUCUCUGUAUUAUUCUCAGGGGAAACACCCUUACAACUUUUAGUGAAUGAAAUAUUUUCACUUAUUUUAUACAACCUAUGGUUUUAUAUGAGAAACAAUCAGACACUUAUCUACUUUUGUGAUCAUUUUGCCAAGAUUAACCAAGUGAGGAAAUACAUUUAUAACGUAUGUAUUAUUAAAAGCCAUGAAUGCUUUGGAUAUAACUAUCAACUACUUAUA